AUAUAUAUAUAUAUAAAACGCAUGUGUUCGCUUUUUUGUUUCCCAGCAUAAACUUUGUGCUUAAUUCUUCUUUUCUAAGUACAAAACAGAAGAAUUAGCUUGGACCAAAUCAAAUUAAUUGAAAAGGUGAGAAAAAAAGGUUUUUUAACAAGCAAUGAACUUGUAAAAAAGCUCAUAAAAAAUUAACAAGCGUUUCAAUGAAUAGUGAAUACGAGAUAAGUUUUUUGUGAACAUAUUGAAAAAAGUAAAGCGUUGAAGAAAACUAAAUAUAUAUAUCUUAAAAAAUCGUUGUGUUCUUUUGCUUAAAGAAAGUUAAAGAGAAAAAGAGUGAGCUUCAAAAGAAAAUUCUUCGAUAAAGAGGACGCAGUAGAAGUAAUUUCAAGAUUUCAAGGGGAAAUUAAUUAGAAGUGCUAUAUAGCAUCGGAAUACGCAUAUUUUGGCACAUCCUGCGUGUUGUAAAGAGUGUUAUUGGUUUACAGGAAUUCGUCGGUAAACGCAUGUUUAUUUCACCUAAGCUUAAAAAUUAAACAGACUGCCGUCACGCUCCACUAAACAGUGCAAUCAAGAUUUGUUAAAAAUAAAUAAACAAUGUAACUAGUGAUAUUUUGCCGAACAAGUUAUCAAGAUGGGGCAAAUCGCUUCGAAUAAUCAAAAAGAUUAUUAUUCCGUUGAUGAGUACGCGCGUAGUUUGGAUUUAAGUGAAUGCCAUUACAAUUCCCAGUUAAAGUUUUCCAUUUUAAAAGGUUAUGAUGGAAGGAAAGUUUUAGAUAUGAGUAUGAAGGAACUGAGAAGAGCAAAUUUAAAAAAGUUUACUAGUAAAGGUAUUCAGGUGCUAAAACUACAAAACAACUAUUUGAAAACGCUUCCUUAUCACAUGGCAAGCAUGACGGCUUUGAGAGAAAUCUAUUUACAGCACAAUCACCUGCGGUAUUUUCCCGUGCAGAUUUGUUCGUUGAUGAAAUUGGAAGUUUUGGACGUCAGUUACAAUGAGCUAGAUUCUCUUCCUUACGCAGUUGGUCAUCUUACGUCACUGAACAAGUUAGACAUAAGUUAUAAUAAUAUAAAAUCUCUGCCAUGUAGUUUCCAGGUCUUAAGACAUUUAGAAGAACUAAAAUUCCACGGCAAUGGUUUGUGGGAUGUUCCGCAAGCAUUAUUCACGAUUGAAAAACUAAAGAAUUUAGAGCUUUGUCACAACAAUUUGACUUAUUUGUCCAAACAAUUUUUAGCUUUGCGGCAUCUAGAAAAACUUGAUGUUCGAGGCAAUUACAUAAAAAAUAUAAGUAGCAAACUUAAAACAUAUUUAUCUCGACUACACGAAGUUUAUAUUGGAGAUAUGAAAACUAAUAAUUUUUGCCACAAAGGACGCGUUACUAUGAACAACGAUUUUGUUGAUCACACAUUAAAAAACAAUUUAGAUGAACACUUUCACCGACCUUUGCAAUUACCGUCAAUACCUUACAAUAACAGCAAAUGUAACGAUCCUGUAAAGGAAGGAUUGAUCCACCAAAAAGGACGAAACUCACCGUCAACCGAUUCUGAAAAUGACAUAUAUGUGUUUCAGUCUUUUGCAUUCUCAAAUUCGUCUUUUUCAUCUGGUGGUAUCGAUAGCGCUAAGCGAAGCACGUCGCUAUGAUACAAGCAAUUUAGUACUUAGUCUUUUUAUUAAUAACCGUAUUUUGUUUGCCUGUCCGCAAGAAAAGUGUCGUGCAACGUGCACACUAAAUAGCGUGUAAUUUAAAGACGGGUAACUCCGUGGACUUUUUUACGGGUUAAGGACUAGUUUAUUUGAAUUGUUGUAUUGACUUAUGUACAUUAAGCAACCACUGUCCUGAAAUAUUUUGUCGUUUUUAUAUACAGUGAACUUUUUAUAACUCAAACCCCUACGGCUGGAAUGUCUCCUAACUCGAACGAUUUCGCUGACACGGUGGGAAUUUCCUAAUAAACUCUCAUAAAAAACUCUCUAUUACUCGAAUCCCCAUAACUCGAAUCUCUCCUUAACUGGAACGUUUUUUGGUUUCUUCGGGUAUUUCCUUUCUAUAACUCGAACAUCGAAACAUGUAUCUAAAACUUUAAACUCUGUAAACUCUGUAAACGUAAACAGAGCCUUCACUGAUUCGAAUGUUUUAUAUCUACAUGUGUGAGGGGUCUUAUAUAAUUCAACCGACGAUUAUGUGGAUUUUAACAUCAAAAUAGCCACAUCGCAUGGCAGACUAACAACUUCUGAUAUAUUUGUUGAAGUAACUGGACACAAGUAGAAAACGAAGAGGAUGAAGAAAAUAAGGACAAAGAAUAUGAAGAUGUAGUAACCAAACCAACGAACGGAGAAGUGCGGAAAGCUAUAAGUGUUCUUGAAGAUUUCAGCCUCUUUUUAAAUUUCAGGGAGGCAAUGAUGAGAUGACUAAAGGACUUAAAUCAAACUGUUGAAAAAGAUUUCCUUCAUACAAAAAGCAAGCUCUAAUUUCGGAUUUCUUCUCUUUCCAAGAAUAAAUCGUUGAGAUAAAAUAUUAUUUAUUUUUUUAGUCCGCUCUUAGCCUACAAGGUUGAGAUUUUAUCCUGUACAAAGAAAGGGAGAAAAAUAUAAGGGAGAAAAAUCACGCCUAAUUGGUCAUUUAUACAAA